AGCUGGUGGUCCCAGGGGCAAAAGAAAACCCUGACCAGCUCUCACUUGAGUGUGUGACUGUGUGAGGUUAGUACUGAUGUUGAAAGCAAAGGUCUCAAAAAGCAAAAGUUCCUCAGUCUCUGGAAUGUGUAAUUCUGCUUCCCAAUCAGCUUUGUGUUUCCUGUGGACUCCCAGAGAUUGGACUAAUCUUUGCUCCUUGUCUGGCACCACCAGGGGAAGGCUCAUCAUAACAGCCUGUUUGGACACCAUACUCUUUUGGAGACGGGACUUUUUUUUCCUGAUAAUAAUCACCAUAUGAUAACCCCAGUGGAAGGAGAGACACAGUAUAGCACUAUGGGGUAGCAUUUGUACUAUCAAAUGCCUAAAAUGCUUUUAUCCAUCCACAAUGAGCUUUCAAGUUCUGUCCUUGUUACCAGAGAUGAGCCCCACAGCCUUUGCCACUGUGUCAUUGAGGAAGUCUUUUGAUAACAAUUUCCAUUGCAAUAAACGGGAAAGUUCUCUGGAAGAAUGCACCUCUCAAUCAAUGUUAGACAGAAGCAUGCUCACCUUUGAAGCUGUAAACAUGCAGGAAGCCCAUCCCAGAAGAACAUAUUUUUUCUGGAACUGCUGAGAACUGAAGGCUUUGUGCUUGGAUGAAUAUCUUUUGAGGAGUAACGAAUGUCAGAAGAUUGUUGGAAGAAGCACCCUGCAGGCAUGAAGAAAGCAGUGAAGAAAGACUCACCGGAGGAAAGAAGUCUCUGCAACUGCAGUACUGAAUCUCAGACAGAAUGGAGGUUCCAGUUCAGGAAAAUAUUAAAACAGAGAACUCAAAGGGACUUCAUAAAAUGCUUACAGGAAAUUCACUUGCCAGAAGUAUCCAUAGAGAGGGAGCAGAAAAUGAAUGUGAAUGCAACCACAGCAAAUGUUGAGAAAAACAAAUAUAUAACAGAACUCCGAGACUCCUUUCCAAUAUUUCAUUUGCCGGCUUUCAAACGUCAUCAUGGGAGCAAUGAGACAAGAAAAGAGUCUUUUCUUCCUUCAAGGUCUGCAGUGAACAGUGUAAAGCCACGCACAAUGGAUUUGGAAGAAGCUUUAUAUAUUAUGACAAUUUUACAGGACUGUUCUGUAAAAGGUUGCACUAAGGAGAUGCUUUGUAGAAGAUUCUAUCCUCAGGUAACUAUUCCUGCCUGGCACUUAUCCAGCUGCAAGGGUGGGGGGGGUCACAGAAGAGAGCAAGUUAAAUUGCUGAGUUUCCCACCAAGCGUGCCAGAGGUGAAAAGAAAGAGCUUCACUUUCCCCACCAGAGGAUAGCUGGAUGCCCACCACCACUAUGCCUCCCUACAAAAGGAAUUUUGUGGGCUGCUCUUCAGCCAUCACUGUCGUCCACACGAUGCUGCUGCCUGUAACUGGGAAAGUCCAAAAGGAAUGGAAGUGUCAACAGCAGUCUGGAUCAACUCCAUCUUCUCUGAGCUCGCAACACUGGUUCUUGGUCCAGGGCAGGGCUGUGAGAUCCAGGAAAUAUCCAAAUGCACUGUGUUAAACCUCAUUGGUCAGCAAUCCAGUGAAACUCAGUUCAUUGGCUGAAAGCAGAGAAGAAACCAAGAGGAAAUCCUACCUCGUGAGUCUGUAGAAGCUGGCAUCCCUUGGCUGUGCUCCCAGGGUGGUAUGGCUCAGGCAUCACUGUCUGGCAGUGCUGACUGCACAGACAUCAGAGAAAAUCAAUGGGAUUCACUGUGGAGUGAAGCGUUACCAGCCAGCGAUGCAAGGAAAUAUAACACUAGAAGAUCCCUUGUCAGAAACUGGCUCCUAUUUUCAUUGGAAGAGCUCGGAGAAGAUAAACUUUCUGGGAAGGAUGGGCUUGUCUGUUGGAGAACUGCCUUAAAAAAACCCCAAAGGAGUUGAAAAUUCUCCCCUGGAGAGCAUCAGCAGGCACCCAGAAUACAUCUCCAGGGUCACUUAAUUCCCUGGAUCCUACCCAACUGCUAUUGAAGUUAAUUGAAAAAACUCCCAUUGCCUUGAAGAGGUUUUGGAUCUGACUCAAACGCCUCAGUGGCAGCAGAUUACAAGAAGGAACCCCACUGUGCAAUUCCAGCCAUCUGCCUAUGGGUACAAAGCCUUCUGGAGGAUUCCUUCGAUUUAAUUUCUCUAGCUUAAAGCCGAAUGGAGAGAACAAAGGCAGAGCUCACAGUCCUUAAUUAAGAGGAUGAAGGAAGGCAGAGGGGAUGCUGACAGGAGGUGACAGGCUCAUUGAAAAGAAAAAGCUACAUCCUGAGAAUGGGGAGAUAUUAUAGACAAUUCUUUGAGGCUUGCUGAAGUGCAAAACUAAUCCCUUCUGGGAUGGACAGAAUCCUUGUCCUAGCAAGGCCACCUCUGAAGAACUGGAAGCAUGCAGAUUUUUCAUCUGAGUUGCUCUGAGUAUUAGAAUGAUGAAUCAGUGACUGCUGAAGCAUCUAAUUCAAUUAAAGCUCUGCAUCAAAGAAUUGUGGUUGUCAACAUUAGCAACCAGGCGCCACACUUGCCCAGCUUGAGGGAAUCUCAGAGGAAAAGGAUAUUUUUGAGCACUGGGAACCUUGUCACUGAGCAUACCCCAAAGAUGGAAACAAUCAUCCCAGUUUUCUUUUGUCUGAUUCCUAAAUCACUUGGAUGGAGUUUCAUCAGGAAAGAAUAAAUGCAAGUAGUUCCACUGAGUUGCAGAGGACUGUGUGAAGCGAACUGUCCAUAUCUUUCCAGCUCAAGUUUAAUGCACUGCACCAAUCCCGUCCAUGCACAGAGAGCACUUGCAGAGUGAGAAAAGCCCACUGGACUUUCCCCAUCCACCCGUAAAAUCCCUUGCAGGAUCCUGAUGCCCAGCAAGGCUUUCCCAGCUCUUGCUGUAUUUGUCGGGAGGAACUUGGCAGUCCUCCCCUUGGCAGAGGCAGCAGAGCACAGCCAAACUGCAGCAGCCGAGCAGCCCCUGCAUCUUGAAAUAACCAGGGAGGACUGGCAGGAGAUGCAUCGCUCUGAAGUGUAGCUGGGCUUAGCAGAUCCCCUUUGCCACUCCUGAAGUAGGAAUGUGAAGGAUUCAUUACUUUGCAGAGCAAAGAAUAUAUGUUUUUCACUGAACAAGUAAUAAAUGAUGGGGAGGAAGAAAGAUCUUUAAAUAUCAAUGGACUCUGUUCAUGGUCAUAUUGCAUCAUGUGGAAGAAAAUACAAAAGUCAGUGAAGGAGUUUCAAGAACAUUCAGAAUAUAUGGACAAUAUGCAGUGAUCCUGUCAAAUGGAAGGCUUUACGUGCAAAAGGCAAAGACCACUCCUGUGAAGAUUGUUAAUGCAUUGACAGCCUUAAGAGAGCUGCUUUGUUACAGCACAGGUCCAUACUUCCCAUGGUGAGCCAAGGUGUCCCCAGCUGGUACAGCUAGGACCUUGGAGAGCAGGAGCAGGAGCACGUCUCU